AUGAUUGGCAUCAAACCCUCUUUCUUGAACUUUUAUUCUGCCCAGAAUAUCGCAAAAGCCAUCGAUAGAGGAUCUUAUUAUGUUCCUCAACUUGAAUGUAACCAAGACCCAAGCGGUGCGAGACAAUUGUUCCAGGUCUUCUUCUGCUUAGACAAGGGAAAGAAGCUCACAAAUUGUCCCAAAAAACAUACUCGAUACCAAUCUCAAUUUAUAGCCUCAAAAUGCACCAUCCCCCUUCCCACUGGUAGUACCGACAGCGUUAAGCUACCUCCACCUCCUCCACAGUCACCUUCUCCAGCAGUGCAGUAA